AUGCAUGCAGUGAACCACACAGGACUAUCACAGUUCCUCCUACUGGGCCUCUCAGAGGAUCCAAAAGUCCAGCCCAUUCUCUUUGGACUCUUCCUGUCCAUGUACCUGGUAACAGUGCUCGGGAACAUGCUCAUCAUCUUGGUUACUGCCUGGGACACUCACCUCCACACCCCCAUGUACUUCUUUCUCUGUAAUCUGUCCUUUGUGGACCUUGGCUUCAUUUCCACCACAGUCCCCAAAAUGCUGAUGAAUAUCCAGAAACAGAAUAAAGACAUCUCCUACGUGGAAUGCCUCACUCAGGUAUACUUUUUUAUAAUUUUUUCAGGAAUGGAUAAUUUUCUACUGACUGUGAUGGCCUAUGACCGCUUUGUAGCAAUCUGCCACCCCCUGAAAUACAUACACAUCAUGAACACUCAGCUCUGUGGCCUCCUGGUUCUGAUAUCCUGGCUUAUAAUCACAUGUGUCUCUCUUAUUCAUAUUCUCCUGAUGACGCAGCUCAACUUCUCUACCAGCACCAAAAUUUCUCAUUUCUUUUGUGAACUGGGUCAGGUUCUCAAGGUGGCCAACUCUGAAACCCUCAUCAAUAACAUCUUUUUAUAUGUGGCAAUUGUCCUGGUGGUUUUGUUUCCUGUCUGUGGGAUCCUCUUUUCUUACUUUCAGAUUUUGUCUUCUUUAAUGAGAAUGUCCUCCACUGUCAAUAGGUAUAAAGCAUUCUCUACCUGUUUGUCUCAUCUCUGUGUGGUCUCCUUGUUUUAUGGAACAGGACUUGGGGUCUACUUCAGUUCUGAGGUGAUCCACUCUUCUCAAGGAAAAUCAGUGGCCUCUGUGAUGUACACAGUGGUGACUCCCAUGCUUAACCCCUUCAUCUACUGCCUGAGGAACAAGGAUGUGAAAGGGGCCCUUGGAAGACUCUUCAGCAGAGCAGGUUCUUUUUUUGUGAAACAUUCACUUGAGAAAUAA